AUGUUCGCCCAAACCACCAGCGCAGAAGCAGCACCCGCACCCGCAGCAACACCAAGCUACACCACAUGGCAGCCACGCCGACCACGAACAUCCAGCACAACCAGCACAAGCUCAAACACCUCCAGCUCCUCCCUCCAACCCCACCCCACAUCAACACCCCCAGAAAUAUACCCAACAGGCCGCAAAUCCCUCUCAGCAAUCUCCCUCCGCGCAUUCCUCCUCGGCACAACACUUGGCCUAUCAACCAGCCUAACAAUCUACCUCGCCCACCACUCCUCCCCAGCCUGGCGCAUCCCAUUCUUCACAGCAUCCCUCUCGCUCUUCCACUUCCUAGAAUUCUUCAUAACAGCCCACUACAACACCGCAACAGCAAGCGUCUCCUCCUUCCUCCUCUCCUCCAACGGCUGGGCCUACAACGCCGCCCACGGCUCCGCCCUCCUCGAAUGCGCCCUGGAACUAUGGCUCUGGCCCACUGCUCCAACACGCCACUCCGCCAGGAUCCUCUCACCCCUCUGCGUCAGCGCAGGCCUCGUCCUCGUCCUCGUGGGCCAAAUCGUGCGCUCGCUGGCCAUGGCUCACGCGGCCGCGAAUUUCAACCACCACGUUCAAUCCAGGCAUAAAGAUGGCCAUGUCCUCGUUACGAGCGGUAUCUAUGCGGUCCUCCGCCACCCGAGUUAUUUCGGGUUCUUUUGGUGGGGGCUGGGGACGCAGUUGGUUUUGGGAAAUGGGGUUUGUUUUGUGCUUUAUGCGGUUGUUUUGUGGAGGUUUUUUGAUGCGAGGAUUCGGACGGAGGAGUCGUUUUUGAUUGAUUUCUUUGGCGAUGAUUAUGUUCGGUUUAAGAAGGGUACGCGUGUGGGUAUCCCGGGCAUUGCGUAG